AUUGUAUGUGUAAGAGGUCUUUGUUUUUAUACUUAAUUCCAAUUAUAUUUAAUAAAAAAAGAUAACACUUUACAGAACAUCAAGAAAUUAUCCCAAGAGACAUGUAAACAGCUUGAGCAAUUUUCACCUAUCAUAAAAAUAUAUCACAGUCGGUAUUGGACUGGACCAAAGACAAAAUUAACGAGGAAAUCAUGCAAUGGAAGGAAUCCUUAUAUGGAGGGCUCACUGCUAUACCGAACCAAGUCAUAAAAAAUAAAAAUAAAAAUGCCGAAACUAGUGCCAAUGUCCCCGCAGAGGGCAACUCUAUUUACUCUGUAAAGCACAAUGUCAAAAAGUGUUUCGUUCCAAAGAUAACGGUAAAACACCUAAGUCAACGACUGUCAUUUUCAUUUUUUUAAGCAAAAAUGAACCAAGUCAGUGUUUUUGGAAUAUUAACAAGUUAAAAAUCAGGAAGUUCAGGAAGGAAGCCGGGCCGAGCUUUGAAUACCCUCCACCAUUUGGAACGAAUUUAGAAUUUUUCAAAAAAUAAAAUCCUUAAAAAAAUUCUGUUAAAAUUAUAAAAAUACCGAUUAUAGCCGUUAUAUUGGGGUCUAUACAACGAGGACCCCAACUUACACAGGUAUUGUUUGUCAUAAGCCAUUACCAUAUUCAAAUUCGAAACUUGAAAUAAACGGUGAAUAAUAUAGCUAAUAUCAUAUUGUAUUAAGGAAGGUACCGUUAUAUCGGAGCUGUGCGAAGACCUGGUCCAGCAUAGGCAAUUUUCUGUCACAGGCUGUAGCAUCCAUAACGAACUUCAAAUACGACAUGUCAAACAAUUUCGGUGGGUAUUGUACCUCGUCAAAAUACCGAAUAUAGGUACUGAUAUAUGGGGCCUAAACGAAGACCUGGACCUGCAUAGACAAUUUUCUGUCACAGACUGUAAUUCCCAUUACGAACUCUAAAUACGUAAUUUUAAACAAUUCUGGUGUAUAAUGACGCUAAAAUCAACAAAAUACCGAAUAUUGGGAGGUACCGUUAUAUGGGGGUUAUACGUAUUUCGCAUUUAAAAGUUACUGAGUGAACGAUGUGGUCGAUCCGAAACUAUUUCAUCUUAGGACCCCAUAAGCAUAGUAGUACCAAAAGAAAUUAUGAAAGGCAGUGCCAAAAAAAAUCUCCCAAAAGAACUCACUGAGUAACUAUUACCAGAAAAGUGAUUUCGAUUGGUAAAAUACUUAUUUUGGUGUACUUUCAAUGGACACCCAUAUUUAAGAAUUUUAUGCACACAUUUUUCUUUCCGUCGUGUUUAUUCAGUAGUGAUAAAUGCCUGCAAUAUUGCACUAAAUAUCUGAAUUUCAAUCCCAUUAAUAGCGAACAUCUUUACAGUGGCCAAAAAUAUAAAUAUUUUAUGUUUGGUCGGAAAAAAGCGGCACCCUGUGGUCUCCUCCACUGUUGUGUAAAUAAAAAAAUUAGUAUAGUUUUGAACGGUGUGCGUUAUGGCAGCAUAAACGCUCUGUGUUUUUAAUAUAAAAAUACGAAAAUAGAUGUGCUCGUUUUACGCUAUCCCAUAUAUUAAGAAACAACAAAAUAAGAACACUUCCAACAUAAUGAUGACGUUUGUAAAAACGUUUUUGUGCCUAAUUCUUAUGUGCCACAUCGAUGCUCUGAAACCUCCAAUAAGAAUAGGAGCUCCAGCACAUUCAGUUAGUGGUGAUCACAUUUCAUUGGAAUUCUAUGCAGCCCUCAAGAAUGGCAAUGACAAGAAGAACAAUUUGCAGAGGACACUUCAGAACUUUAUCGAAACCCUUCAGAAAAAUCUAUCUACAUCUGAUAUACUCAACGUUGGGGGUAAUAACCUCGACUUGGAGAGUGGAGCAGAUAAACUAGCGCGUCUUUAUGGAUUGGCCGAUUACUUUGAAUAUGCAUCGGAAAUGGCCAGUUCGUUUGGUUGUGUCGCUGAAAACUUCUUCGAGGUGGCAAAAAACGAGAGUGUAAAUCUAUUGCAAAAACUUCGUCAAGUGCCUUCUGCUCAACGUUAUUUACCCACUAAGGUAAAAAUGCGUCUGACGGAUUACUUUGCAGAAAUGGAAUACUUCCAUGUCAUGUUGUCAGAGGUAAUCGAUGAGGCUCUGGAAUAUAUUGUUGAUACGCUGCGAUCAACACAAACUAUUUUUAUGCGCUAUGCUGACGUACAACGAGAAAUACUGAGAAUGUGGAACUUGCGACUAGACGACUGGUGUAUAAAUGCCUAUGUUGACUUUCUUCAGUUUUGGUCGACAGAAAUCUUUAAAUGCGCUUCAAGAAAGGAUUUAAGCGUUGCCUACGAUGUGUACGCCACAACUGAAACCACUACAACACACAUUAUGCGCCAACUAGAGUUUCGAAUACAACGGUUGUACAAUUGCUUUAUAUUCGGGGGAUACCAGAUAAGAUGUACGUUUUUGUAUAACCCAGAGAGAGAUUUUCACGCGCUUUUUUCUAAAUUGGAAGAUCUGCAACAGUAUCUGGACAUUAAAAUCAAAAGGGGUCGUAUACAAGUGGCCCGAACUCGACGUCUAAGUGAAGGUCAAAAAUAUGAAAAAACUUAUAAGCAAUGCAUACCGAAGAAGUUCCCAGAAAAUCAAAUGGCUGAUAGCUUGAAGCAAUGCUUCUAUUUUUAAAAGAUGCAUAUUAAAAAUGUAUUUUAAAUAAAAUUAAGGUCACAUGGGGUCAAAACGAGUAGUCUUUAAACAAUUCUAACCAACCUUACUUAAAUUAAGUGUUUAAUGUAAAUUUUUCAGAACAUAAUAAUAUACAAAUAAAUAUCUGUUUGUAAAUAA